UGGGAAACGGAGGCGGAGGGCCCCAGUGCCCGUACGGCCCCGCUCCGGCUCGCAGCUCAGCCAGGAGAGGUGCGGAGGGGGGUACCGGUGAGGUCCCCCCAACCUCCUCGCCGCGCCCCUCACCGUCGUGUCCGGCCUGGCGGAGGCUCCUCUGAGAGUCGGGAGGAGGAUGCGGAAGACCGGUAACGGCGAGAAGAAGGGCUGCGUGUUGCUUAACGCCACUUAGGAGCGGGGGGAGAUGGCCCCGCUGCUGGUCCUGUGGCUGGUGGCCCUGCUCGGCCUGGCCGGGGCGUGCCCCGAGCCCUGCGCUUGCGUGGACAAGUAUGCCCACCAGUUCGCCGACUGCGCCUACAAGGACCUUCAAGUGGUGCCCACGGGGCUGCCCUCCAACGUGACCACCCUCAGCCUCUCGGCCAACAAGAUCACCUCCCUGCAGCGGCGUUCCUUCGUGGAGGUGACCCAGGUCACCUCGCUCUGGCUGGCACACAACGAGAUCCGCUCCAUCGAGCUCGGCACCUUCGCCAUCCUGGUGCAGCUCAAAAACCUCGACAUCAGCCACAACCAGAUUGUGGAUUUCCCCUGGCAGGACCUCUACAACCUCAGUGCUCUCCAGCUGCUCAAGAUGAACAAUAACCACAUGGCUCUGGUGCCUCAGGGAGCUUUCCACACCCUGAAGGAUCUCCGAUCCCUGCGCAUUAACAACAACAAGUUCACCACCCUUGCAGAGGGUAUCUUCGACUCGCUCAGCUCCCUCUCCCACCUGCAGAUCUACAACAACCCCUUCGAGUGCUCCUGCAAGCUCCAGUGGUUGAAGAAGUGGAUGGACAGCACUCUCAUCUCCAUCCCCGAGAAGGACUCCAUCACCUGUGCCCUCCCGGACCAGCUCCGAGGAGUGCCGGUGGGGAAGACCCCUGAUGUGCAGUGCACCUCACCUACCGUGCAGCUCACCUAUUACCCCAACCUGGACACCACGGAGCUGUUUGAUGGCUUCACCCUGACACUGCACUGUGCUGUGACGGGUACCCCACCACCUGAAGUGAGCUGGAAGAUCCGCACCUCCAGCCAAACCCUGGAACUCAACGGGAACCCGAAGGAGAGCACUGGGAAGGACCUCCCCAAACAGGACCCUGAGCGCUUCUUGGUCUUCAAGAACGGCACGUUGGUGAUUCCCCACCUGAGCAAGCGGGAAGAAGGCACCUACACCUGCCUGGCCACCAAUGAAAUGGGGAGCAACCAGACCUCGGUCAAUGUGGCUGUGGCAGGCACCCAGAAAUACCCCCUGCAGCCUGGGAGGGAUCCGCUGGGAGGCAAAGCACAGCCAGGUGACAAGAAGCCUGGGGCCAAGGGAGCAAAGAACAGUGUGCUCAUGCCAGAUGACAGAAGCAAACCCUUUGGUCCCACCCGGCAGAGCCAACCAUCCAUGGCAGCUGAGGUGGAGUCCACGGGAGAUGGGCAAGUCCCUUUCCAGCUUCCACCCUUUGAGAAGAAGUGUGGCUCCAUACAAACCAGCAAGUACAUUUCCAACCACGCCUUCAACGAGAGCGGUGACUUCAAGCAGCACACUUUCGACCUGGGGGUAAUCGCUUUAGAUGUGUCAGAGCGCGAUGCCCGGGUGCAGCUCACACCCACCUACAUGCAGCCCGAGAAGGUCCACCUCAGGAUGCUCUACCUGUGCCAGGAGAGCAGGCAGGGCCACGCUUUGGUCCAGUGGUCCAAGAUCGAGGAAGGGGUGAACUCGUACUGGUUCCAGGGCUUGAACCCUGGCACCAACUACUCUGUGUGUCUCACCUACCUGGGGGAGGACUGCCAGGUCCAAGUGGUCUUCACCACCAAAAAGGAGAUCCCCUCGCUCAUCAUCAUUGUGGUUGUGAGCAUCUUCUUGCUGGUGCUGGCCACCUUACCACUGAUGGGGGCCACGUGGUGCCACCUCCUCUCCAAGUACCAGGGGAAGACCUACAAGCUCAUCAUGAAGGCCCAGAACCCGGACCAGAUGGAGAAGCACAUGGCUGCCGACUUCGAUCCCCGCGUCUCCUACCUGGAGUCCGAGAAGAACUUCAAUCCCAGCGAAGUGGGUGAAGCAGAGGUGGAGGAGGAAGAUGAGGAGGAGGAUGACGAAGGAGGCAGAUGGAGGGGGAGGAGGGAAGGCGAAGGGGCUCCGGAGCUGGAGCGAGAGGAGAGCGUGGCGGCCAGCUCCAUGGUGGAGUCGCAAUCCAAAGCCAACGGCGAGGAGUUUGAGAUCCGCUCCGAGUACAGCGACAAGCUGCCGCUGGGCGCCGAGGCCGUCACCAUCUCCCAAGAGAUCAACGGCAACUACCGGCAGCGCCCCCGCUGAGCCUCCCCGUCCCCCCUCCCGAUCCCCUCCCGGUCCCCACC